AAACCAUUUCCACAAUAAUUUCAAAAAAAAUGUUCCCUUCCAAAACCCUAACACUCCUCGUCUUCUCCGCCGUGAUUCUAACCGUAGCCUUAGGCGGAGACGGCGGAGGAGGUAACACCAACAAUAUCUAUUCACCAUGCUCCGACACCAGAAUCCAGAGAUCCGAUGGAUUCACAUUCGGAAUCGCAUUCUCUUCGCGUCCUUCUUUCUUCUUAAACCAAACGGUUCUUCUCUCUCCCUGUGACCGUCGACUUUCCCUCGCCGCCAUGAAUUCACAGUUCUCUCUCUUCCGUCCUAAAAUCGACGAGAUCUCUCUCCUCUCCAUCAACACCUCCGCCUUCUUCCCGGACAACUAUGGUGGAUAUAUGGUGGCAUUCGCGGGUCGGAAAUACGCUGCGAGGUCGAUUCCGGCUUUUAUUGCUAAUAGCACGUUUAUUGUAACCAGUUUUACUUUGGUGAUGGAGUUUCAGAAAGGUAGGCUUCAGAAUCUGUAUUGGAAGAGAGACGGGUGUGCGUCGUGCAAAGGGAAUCAGAAUUUUGUGUGUCUUAACAAGCAAGAUUGUGCGAUAAGAACACCGAGCUGUAAAGGCCGGGGAGGUUCAGUGGAUUGCAGUCUCGGGAUACAGUUGGCGUUUUCCGGCACUGAUAAGCACUUGGCGGUUCUCAACUCGUGGUAUGAAGUCGAGAAUCUUAAGCAGUAUUCGCUUUAUGGUUUGUAUUCAAACCUCAAGAGCUCUUUAACCAAUCAGUUCAAUAAUUUCUUCUGAGCUUCUUGAGGAGUUGUAUUUGUUUGUUUGUUUGUAUCACGUAAGUUAAUCUCUUUGGUGAGACUCUCUAAUGGUUUAUGAAAUGUAACACGAAAUUGCAGAAAUAGUUAUGGUUUGGUUCAACCACUUGUAUUCAGAGUUAGUCAAGAGUUGAGCCAUAGAUACGUAUAUAUAUAAAAGCAAUAGAUACGUAUUCGCAGC